AAAACAAAAAAAAAUACCAUGAAGUUGAAAAAAAUGGUUCGUUAUACACGUAGCAAGAAAGAUAAAAAAAUCCGAAAGAGGAUUGUCGUUUCUGACGUGGUGUAUCCGUUUAACGGAUUGCGGGACAUAUCGGAAUCCGUAAAACUGCAAUUGACACUGCGUUGUUGCUACAAGGAGAUUUCGAGCAGAGUUCCCGAACGGAAGUUGAAGGCCGUUCAACUGAUUAGGAAACUGCUGUCGGUGGGCCGUGAACCGCCUAUAGAUGAAGUCGUCAACAGCGGAGUGUUGCCGCACGUGGUUCGGUGUCUAGAGUACCGCAGCAGCUAUACACUACAGUUCGAAGCGGCUUGGGUUUUGACCAACAUUUGCGGUGGUUCGUCUCUUCAGACACAAACUGUCGUUUCGGCAGGAGCCGUUCCGUUGUUUUUGAAUUUACUGCUUGUUGGAAACUAUAAAGUAUGCGAACAAGUCGUGUGGGCCAUAGGAAAUAUAAUCGGAGACGGCUCCAUUCUUCGGGAUUAUCUGAUCGGUUUGAAUUUUUUACCAAAACUGAUUCAUUUUAUCGAUAGAAGAGUGCCGCCACCGUUUAUGCGUCAUAUAUCGUGGACUUUGUUGAAUAUGUGUCGUCAAACUGAGCCUCCGCUAGACCUGAGCGUUAUCGAUGAACUAAUCCCGGCCUUUAGUAUUCUGUUGCACAACGCGGAUUCGCGAGUCAUAAUCGACGUUCUGUGGGGCGUGAGUUAUUUAGUCGAUUGCGGACAUGAACACAUCGACCGAUUCCUCGACAGCGGACUCGUGUCCAAGUUUGUUUCCUUUUUGGCAGAUUCAGAACCCGAGGUGCGGGCGGCGGCCAUGAGAGUAGUCGGUAACAUCGGAACGGGAACCAAUGAACAAGCUCAGACGCUCAUCGAUGGCGGUGCGCUGACCGUUUUGCCGGACGUCAUGUCGUCCGCGAAAACAUGCAAAGAAGCCAUUUGGUUUUUGUCGAAUGUCAUGGCUGGAACACCGCAACAAAUCCAAGCCGUUAUAGAUUCCGAUCUGUUACCGACAAUAAUAACUUGUUUACAAAUAAGAACGUACGACACCCGAAAAGAAGCGGUCUGGUGUGUUCUGCAUUUGACUAUAAAUGGUACCGUCGAACAAAAAUUAGCGGCCAUACAGGCGGGAGCGGUCGAACCUCUGUGCGAGUUACUAACGUGCGACGACGGUGAAUUGGUCCAUAUGGUAUUGGUAGGCCUUUUGAACGUGAUAAUGACGGUGAUGCCCGAAAAAGAAGAAUUGUGUUCGGAAAUAGAAAACUGUAAAGGUCUCGCGACAAUAAAAAAAUUAAGAAAUAAUUCCAAUCCAGAAAUCAGUCGAUUGGCAAACGAAAUAAUGAAAAAUGUUUUCAUCAAUUGAUUUUUUUGGAGAAAGUUGAUUAAAAAUCAAAUAACAAUAACGACGACGACGUUGCGGAGAGUUCUAAAAUACGAAACUGUUAGAAAUUUCAUCGGUUAAUUUUUAUUCUUUUGUUUGUCAGCGAAUACACUUUUUUUUCGAAACGAUAUUCAUUUUUUGGUUCAAAUCACAUGUAAUUAUUAUUAUUUUUUUAUUUUAAUUAUAUAUUUUUUGUAUAACUUGUGUGUGUGUACUUUAUUCGAAGGGGAGCGAACGAGAGAGCGAAAGUAGAGGGCCAAAGUCCAUUUUCAAUAGUUAAUAAUAGAACGGAGCGGUAAAAACAUAAUCCUCAACGAUAGUUUGGCUUUCGACUAACAUUUUCUCGGUCGAAUUAUGUUAAUAAUAACAUUUUUAUCGUAAAUAAAGACGAAACAAAAACCGUGUGUAAUCAAUGCGAUUUUAGGAAAAAAACAAAACAA